UGACGUAGCUACAGGGAAAAGUGACGCUAGUGUGACAGUCAGCUAGGACAGUCUUCAUUCAGUUUCAGUGCUGUAUCUCGAAAGGAGUUCGUCUCAGAUGUCCGUUACAAAAUAUUUACUAACAAAGUGACCUCUGUCUUCAAAGAAUGGACCAUCAGAUUGAUGACCCAAAGCUUGCUUUUGCUUACCUCCGUCCAGCCUGUGUGCUCCUGACUCGUGAGCCCACGGUGGGCAAUGUGGAAACCCUGAGCACACAGCUGAGGCAUGUAAAUCAUGGAACUCUGCAGCAGCUGCAGGACUAUGUCCUUUUUCCUCUCCGCUUCAUCCUCAAAAUCCCUGGCCCCAAGCGGGAUGGCUUGAUCCAGGCUGUGGCUGAGGCCAUGGGAUAUGUCCUGGAGAACACCUGUGUACGGAGCUGGGAGACGCUGAGGGACCUUCUCUCCGAGCUCUGCCUCUGCCUUUGCUCCCCCACGGACCCAGGGAAGCCAGCACCUACCUCCGAGGAGCUGAGAGCUGCAGUACUGAGGUGCCUGGAUGCUCUGCUCCAUGCAGCCUAUGGUGACGUGGUCUUCAAGCUGUUUGAGCCCAUCAUGCUGCCUGGCCUUGGGGCUGCUAUCUCCCUGCUGCUGGCACUGGGAGAGCAGGAGAAGUCCCGCACCGUGCAGGCUGCUGCUCUGAAAUGCCUGCAGGCCCUGACCCUCCAGUGUGACUGUUCUAUGGACCAUGUGUUGGUGGGUCAGAAGGAGAGGCGUAUCCUAGGCAGCACCAUGGCUUCUUUCUUACCUGGGAUCACCAUCGCUGUGAGCCGUGUGAUCACUGGCGAUAUGAGACAUGGACAUGCUGUCACAGUUAGGGCCAUUAAGGUGUGGUUUAAGACAGUGGGAUUGGUGAUGGCUGAUGACCAGCUUCAGAACACAGGGACUGGGGAGAGACAGCUGUGGGAACUAGGGAGAGCAUGGGAGCUGGUAGUGCAGAGAACUCAAGACUGGGUGCGAAACACCUCUGGGAGGCUGGCCUUACUGUUAAAAAAGAUCAUCUCCUGCACCUCAGCUCAUCAGCACUGGAGAGUGAGGCUUGAGAUGGUGAACUUCUCAGACCACCUCCUGGCCAACUGUAACUCCUCCCUGGGUGAGUGUGUGGGCCCCCUCCUGGAGGCUCUGGUGGGGGCUGUGAACGAUGAGGAGCCCACUGUGAGGGAGAGGUGUGAGGCUGCCCUGAGGGAGGUUGCAGAGAGGCAUCAGAGCUCAGAUAGUAACAACCAGGCCUUUACUGACGUUCUGUCAGAGAACCUCCACUCCCUGGCCACCUCGCUGCCGCGCCUCAUGAGAACGUCUGAUGACCAGCGUAAGGUGUUUGUCCUCAACGUGUUCCUGGGCUACCUCAAAAUCCUGGGCCCCAAGGUGAUAGUGGUACUCAACUCGGCGGCCCACCUCCAGCGGGUGUCCAAGGCCCUGAUGCAGGUGUUGGAGUUAGACGUGAUGGACGUACGCAUCGUGGAGGAGAGGAGCUCUGCCGUAACUGUGGAGACGGGGCCUGGGGCACAUGCUCAGAGGAAGCACUUCCUCUACUUCACAGACGAAAGAAUCUUCUCCCUGCUCAAGGAGAUCUGCAGGGUGUUAGGUUACUAUGGGAACGUCUAUCUCCUAGUAGAUCACUUAAUGGAUCUGUACAAGGAGUCAUCGGUCUACAGGAAGCAAGCUGCAAUGGUGCUGAAUGAGGUGAUCACAGGAGCAGCAGGCAUCGGUGUGGCUGGAGGCCAGGAGAGGCAGGGAGUGCCCAGUCAGGAGGACCUGAAAGCAGUAGUAGAAUCCAUUAUAGAGGAGUACAUCUGCCUGAGCCACUGGCACCUGCCAACCCUUAUUGGUGAGGAGUCAGACAGAGGGAACCAGGAGCAGCAAACUCUGUUUAGUCUCUUCUCCAUAUCUAAUGCGGUUGAAGGGAAAGGGAAUCCCCUCCAGUUGGUCCAAGCAGUCCACAAGAGCUCCACCAUCCACGAGCUGAACAGCAACAUCUGGCAGAUCUGCAUUCAAUUGGAGGGGAUAGGCUGCUUUGCCCAGGCCUUGGGGAUGGACUUCCGUCUCAUUCUGAUGACAUCACUGUACCCGGUUCUGGAGAAGGCCGGGGAUGAAACCCUGUUGAUCAGCCAGGCAGCGCUGGAUGCCAUGUGGGACAUCAGCCGGGCCUGUGGAUAUGCCUCCCUGAAGGAGCUGAUCAAUGAGAACUCAGAUUACCUGCUGAACGAUGUAUCUUUGAACCUCCAGAGGCUGGGUGUCCACCCCCACGCCCCCAGGGUCCUCACCGUCAUGUUCAGUCACUCCGACCCCAGCCUGCUGCCUCUGGUGGGGGACAUAGUCCAGGACGUGCUGCUGGCUCUGGACAUGAGCUACGACGAGACGUCCCCUCUGUUCUGCACUGUGCUGCACUCACUUAUGAAGGCUCUAGCGAGGUGGUUCCCCUCUAGUGUUGCGGGAACAAGUGACGCUUUGGGAACCAAGAAGGUGUGGCGUGAGCAGGACCAGCUGAAUGUGCGCCAGUUUCUCCUGGACUACCACAAACAGAAGGAGCUGGCAGUGGGCAUCGGGGCAGAGGAGGAGGGCACAGAGCACCCAGAGCUCCCGCCAAGCAUGGACUGUGAAGAGGAUAUGGAUGGUCCUGAUGUGAAAGUUGAGCUUCCAGCCCACAUCACCAUAGCUAAAGACGUCAUGGAGCGCUGCAUUCACCUGCUCUCAGACCCCAGCCUGAGACUCAGACUCAAGGUCCUGGAUGUGUUGGAACUGUGUGUGUGUGUGCUAAGUCAGAAGGAGAAUGAGCUACUGCCCAUGGCCCACCGCUGCUGGCCUGCCCUGCUGAUCAGACUUACUGCUGAUGACCCAUUAGCUGUCCUCCGAGCCUUCAGGGUUCUGUGCACGUUGGGGGAAACCUGCAGAGAUUUCAUGAGGAAGAGGGUGUCUAAAGAGGUGAUCCCCAAGCUGACUGCCUGGCUGUCCAAACAGGCGCCAGUGAGUGCCAGGGCUGGCCCAGUCUACAGCCACACCCUGGCCUACAAGUUACAGCUGGCUGUGCUGCAGGGCCUGGGGGCUCUCUGCCUUCAUCUGGACCUAGGGGACUCAGAUAUGGAUGCUGUAACGGAAUCCUGCCUGCCCUACCUCAGCUGUAGACAGCCACCCAAACUGCAAGAGGCCUGUCUGAGUGUCUUCCUCCGCCUAAUAGAAGUGGAUCCUGAUGCCUUCUGGUUGACUCUGAACGAGCUGUACUGUCCCUGCUCCUACAACCCACCCCACCCUGACCUGCAGCCUGUGGAGCUGAGUGGGAUGGGCCUCCCGAGGAAUGAAUACACAGAUAAUGUCUUGAAACUCCUGGAGGACUUUGCCUGAGGACACACAGCCAGCAGGGAUUCAGAUCCAGUGAGCUGCACUGAUGAACAGUACCCCAGUCAUCCACCCGUCUGUCCCCAAGCCGAGAAAGGAACACUACACUGACGACAGCCUCAGGAGAGCAUAGCUUGUCCCCCAACCUCUUUUCAGGGACUCUGCCUUGCAGACUUCAUCCUAUAGUUUAACAGUGACUUUGAAACACAAGUGUUAAGUGCUGAUUCUGUUGUGUUGGGUAAGGGUGUACAUAUUCCUAUGUGCUCUCAAGGGAUGGACAAACGACCAGUAUUUUGAAUGUAAAGAGAAAAAAAAGGUAGUAAUUAAUAGUCCUCUUUUUAAUAAACAAUUAUUGUUUUUUUAAUUAUAACA